GUGAACCCUACUAAUGAAACGAAAAAUAUUUUCAUGCCACUGGUGCACAAUCAAUAAUAAUCAUCAAGAAGUAGCGGAUUUGUGGUCAACUGCGUUCAUAUUCUGUUCGGUUACAUAGACAAAAUGUUAGACGACAGUGUGGCAUUUACAAGAAUACGUUAUUCGCAAAGACAAAUGUAAGGCUGAACAACUAAAUAUCAUCUGAGUUAGUGUCACAUUGCCCGGAAAAAAAUUGUUUUUCUGAGCCAAAAAUAAUUGCUAAGUGGACAACAUGUUUAUAUAUUCAAUGUAAUUCUCAAUCUGAGUAGAAUUGUUGAGUCGACGUUUGGCAUUCAGAACGACAAUUGCUGCGACCUUUUAUAUCAUUGCCAGAGUUUGGAUCACAGCAGAUCGGAUAUGUAUUCAUCUCAUCAUAGCAGCGGCAGUCAGCGCUUAGCACCAAUCGAUUUCAGCGGUAGACGCACCACAUCGACAUCGUUCAUUGUAACGGCCGCGGGUGACUCUCAACGGUGCGAUGUUUCAAAGAUGUAUAAAUAGAACUAUGUGUCCUGAAGAUGCCCUAGCCCUAGUGAGGAAAAGCUUUUUAUGUUGUACUCCAAUUAAUGAAAUCGAUUGGCAUGGUGUCCUUGAUGAUAUUAGCUGGGAAAAUCAACAAACAUUACUCGACCUAACAGUUAACAACACUUUAGUCCUUCAGUACCCGAUAAAAGUAGGUUACCAGAUCGCAUUCCUAAAACAUAUUAUACACCACUUGAACAAGAUGAACGUGGAACAACACGAUCAGGUUUACGAGAAAUACUGCAAUUUAUUGAGCAGUCAAUCUAUAACAGAGGACCAAUCAGGAUUUAGCUUUAAACACUACGAAAUACCUGGCAAUGAAGUGAUAACAUUGAAAGAAUCGACCGCAUUCAUAUCAGAGGGUACAACUGGAUUAUGUAGCUGGCAAGCAUCGAAAGCAUUGUGCGAAUAUAUUACGAGCAAUCGGGAUGAUUUCCACGGCAAAAAUAUACUCGAGCUUGGUUCGGGAGCGGGACUCACCGGCAUUUUUAUGGCCAAGCAUUGUGAACCGUCGAUGAUUGUACUGUCCGAUUGUCACAGUUCGGUGCUUGGAACGCUUAGACAAAACGUAGAGCUAAAUUUCCCUAAAGCUACCAAAAUUGAGUGCGAUAAUCCGCUGGUGCACUGUUUGGUGGAUAUUAAAGACUCGCUAGUCGCCGUCAUGGAUCUCGAUUGGAGCUAUAUCAACGCAUCUAAUCUAAACCAGCUGAUCGAACCGGAUGUAAUUGUGGGGGCAGAUAUCAUCUAUGAUCAUUCGCUCUUCCAGUCGCUGCUCGGUGCGGUCAAUCACGUGUUUGCUCUGAUGAAUAACAGGUGCAAAUUUGUUCUCUCCUGUACGGAACGCAAUAAGGAUACUCUGAGCGAUUUCUUGGAGCUAUUAGUGACAGCAAAGUAUCGGAUCAACGAGGAAACAAUCUGCCCUGCGAAACAUUUUCACUGGGAUGCGACGGCCACUAAAAUUCGAAUAUUCUCCGUAACACGGGACUGGUGCUUUCAAUAAUUCUGUGCUACUCAACUCAUCCAAAUGUUUACGAAACACGUAAUCAAAUCCCUUCUACUGUUGCAACGUAUAACACAGCUUUACUGCGUUCAAAUUUUAAUAGCUUUAAGCUCUAGCUCUAGCAUUAGCAAUCUAUCUGUUACAAAUAUUCACCUUCAAUUCCGUCUCUAUUACACUAGCUUUGGAAUAGAUAACAUUGUUUUUGAUGUUGAAACACUAGAAAAAUUCUGGAUGUUUUCGGAAGUUUUCGAAGAGUUCGGAUGGUCAUGGUUUAAAACUGUCAGUUGUUGUAUUCUGAUACAAGAAUAAACUUAUUUUUACUCAGGCA